AUGGAAACCCUCGCUCCCUCGGCGUCUUUGUCUUUCUCCCUGAAACCGAGCCAAGCCGCAGCAGUCGGCAUUAAGAGCGUUUCAGGUCAGCGUGUCCCGUUACCUUCCGCCACGUCACUCAAGUCGCAUUUCGCAUCGCAACCGCUGCGAAUUCGCGCAACCGCUGCGCCAAACAGCAGCGCUCCCGUGGCAGCAGCGGCGGAGGUGCCGCGGGUGAAGCUGGGGAAGACGGACGUGGAGGUUCCAAUCAUCGGCGUGGGUGCGUGGGCGUGGGGUGACAAGUUCUUCUGGAACGACGGCGAGUGGAACGACCGCAAUGUCCGGGAUGCGAAGCAAGCGUUUGAUGCAGCCAUGGACUCUGGCCUUAACUUCAUCGACACUGCCGAGGUCUACGGUACCAAACAGUUCGGUGCAGACGACUCCGAGUCACUGUUGGGCAGGUUCAUCAAGGAGCGAGCCGGCAAGAGCCAGGCAGGGGACCUGACUCCUAUAGUAGCGACAAAGUUUGCCGCCCUACCGUGGCGCUUUGGGCGGGAAUCUGUGGUGGGGGCUGUGAAGGAGUCUCUGAGGCGCCUGCAGCUUGACAGCGUUGACCUGUACCAGCUGCACUGGCCUGGAGUGUGGGGCAACGAGGGGUACAUUGAUGGCUUGGCAGACUGCGUGGAGCAGGGACUAGUAAAGGCAGUGGGGGUGUCCAACUACAAGCUGGAUCGGCUGCAGCAGGCACACCAGCAGCUGGCCAAGCGAGGGGUGCCUCUUGCCUCCAACCAGGUGCACUACAACAUCCUGUACCGAGUCCCUGAGAGCAACGGCGUGAAGCAGGCAUGUGAGGACCUCGGCGUCACGAUUAUUGCCUACAGCCCUCUCUCCCAAGGUGUGCUCAGUGGCAAGUACUCUCCCCAGAAGCCCCCCACAGGGCCGCGUGCCAACUCCUACUCCCCAGACUUCAUUCGCAAGGCGCAGCCAUUGCUUGAGCGCAUGACAGAGCUUGGGGAGAAGUACGGCGGGCGAAGCAAGACACAGGUGGCUCUUAACUGGCUGGUGGUGCAAGGAAACAUCGUUCCCAUCCCAGGAGCCAAGAACAGAGCACAGGCUGCGGAGUUUGCAGGGGCGUUGGGGUGGUCGCUAACUGCCGAGGAGGUGCAAGAGUUGAGGGAGCUGGCUUCACGCGCAGCUGUGAGAAUGCCGGGCUCCUUUGGCCCCACACCCCCCUCACGCCUCCUCCCAUGUCUCUCUAGACAUCCACUGGGGUCUGCUGGUCUCGCGGAUCUCCACUCUGCCGCCCACAAUCUCCGCCCUCACCUCUCUCACAGAAAUUCUCUGCAAUACCUUUACCCCCUUCCUUCCAUCUCCCCCCACCACACCAGCACCCUCUCCUCGGCCUACAUCUUCUCUCGCCUGGACGUCUUCGCCACGCCACCACCACCCCCCUCCACCCUCUCCUCGGCCUACAUCUUCUCUCGCCUGGACGUCUUCGCCAAGCCACUCGCCUGCCUGCCCAACCUGCAAUCGCUGGACCUGUCUUGGAAUUCGCUAUACGGCCCCAUCCCCGCCUACCUCAUCAACCACGCCACCCUCACCAAGCUAUGGCUCUUUGACAACAAGCUCACCGGCCCCAUUCCGCCCUACAGCCCGCGCCUCUCCUCCCUCCUCCUCUUCAAAAACUUCCUCACAGGGCGGAAACUGUCUCUCCUACACCGGAAAAUACACGGGAGCAUGCAAGGGCCUUCCCAGAAGCUUCAUGGUGCAGCGAAACCCUAUUUUCUGCGGAGCGGCGGUGUGUGGCGGGAACUUAACUAA